AAAUUCUUCAGACGUGAUACUCGAAGAGGAUUUCUUGCUGUGGUGGCCAGCGCUGUUAAUAAACCCAAAUUCUUUGCGCAACAAUUGUAUGCGUCGAUGAAGUUGAUUAGCCACAACAUUCCACAGGGUUUGGGCACUAGAAACAACGACUUGAUUCGUCUGAUCGUUUCACGGGCUGAGAUUGAUAUGGCGGCUAUAAGUGAUGAAUUCGAAGUGGCAUAUGGGAAGACCCUUGUGGACUACAUUCGUGGCGAUACAUCCGGUGGUUAUCGCGAUGCAUUAAUAGCGAUUGUAAAGGGCAAUUCCAAGUAUCGAUACUAA